AAGCCGGCUAAUGCUAGUCAUUUACAUUAGACAGCUUUUUACUAAUAAACAUUCACACUUUGACCUAACCAUGUUAAGCCGACUUAUUAAACUAUUUUAUUAUAUCUUUAUUCAAAGUAAAAAGAAAACGAUAUACUGAUUAAUUACUUAAAAUCCUUCAAAUAUCUGCCUAACAAUAUUGCUAGCAAAUAGGGUCAAAUCCCAAACCGCUGCCUAAUCCCUGCAUUGAAGUGCACUACGUGUGCUGUUAAAGACAGAGCUCUACACCCUAACUAGUGUACUACGUGUUAAACACGGCGCCGUUUGGGAUUUGGCCAAGGAAUCUUCCCGUUCGCCGCCGCCAUAGCCGGCAAAGAUGAAGAAAACAAACGUCAAGCAAAUCUGUGUGUCUUUGCUCAUUCUGUUUUUUGGGGGGCAGAUCGAAAGCCUCAGUCCAUCUUUCAACGAUAAUUCACAGCUCAUCCUUCCAGAGAGUUACAAUGUUGGCUGGAUGCAAAACCUGGAUGGAAACGCUCUCCUGUCUGAUAUUACCAUUCCUGGAACGCAUGACACCAUGGCACUUUAUGGAGGACCUGCAGCUGAAUGUCAGGCCUUGAACCUGGAGGACCAGCUGAAGGCAGGGAUCCGCUACGUGGACCUCCGAGUUUACGCUUUCGAAAACACUCUGUACCUCAUGCACGGGAUUGUUUACCAGCACUCGACAUUCACCAAAGCUCUCGACACAUUCAAGGCAUUCCUGUCGAUGUACCCAAGUGAAACGAUUCUCGUCCGAGUCAAGCCUGAUUUGUUUGAUAAAAGUAAAGUACAAGAAUUGGUUGAAAGUCUCAUCCAGGGCGAUAGCAACAUCUGGGUGACGUCUAGUAUACCACGACUGGAUGAAGUAAGAGGCAAGAUCGUGUUCGUACAGGAAGGCAGCUUUUUGCUUGGCGUACCUCUGUUGGAAACUGACACCAAGGGAGACUACAGGGUCAUUCACAUUAACGACAAGGAGAAAGAAAUCUUACAGCACCUCAAUCUAGCCAUGGGUGAGUGCGGAGGAAAUUCUAUCAUCCUCACCUAUUCCAGCGGAACGGGAAUCGGCACGUUUGAAGGGAUGUUUCUAACACCGAAAAGGGUGGCGGAAAAGAUUGACCCUUGGCUACAUGAUUAUCUGAAAACGCUGCUUGCUGAGGGGUCUAAAAUGUGUUUCGGGAUCAUAGCCAUGGACUUUCCAGGCUUUGACCUCAUUCAAACGGUCAUCAAGUUUAAUUACUAGUUUUGGCAGAUUUGCUUCCAAUUCUAAUAAAAUGUAAUGGCUUUAAUAUUUUAAUUGUUUUCACAUUUCCACACAGAGCUGUGCCAUUAUCCUUUAAUCUCUAUAAUCACUAAUGAAGACAUUUAUUGCAUACAUUUAACACCCUUUCUCUAUUAAUCCUGUCGUACCUUAAUCAUGCGGCACUUACUGCAGUAUGUAAUUAUAGUUUCCGAAAUGUUUAUCUGUGAUUGUCUUGCAUUCUGGAAACAACAGCAAUAAAAAUGACUUUGCUGUUGC